AUGUCAUGGAAUAAAAAAGAACAAGAAACACUCAUCGAACUCAAGAAACACAAAAUAGAUAUAUGUGGAAUAUCAGAAACUAAAAGGAAAGGUAAAGGUUCUGUUGAAUACGAAGAUUUUGUCUUCCUGUACAGUGGUAAAGAUAAAAAUGAAAGGGCUCAGUCGGGUGUAGGAGUACUAAUAAACAAAAAAUUUGAAAACAGCAUUUGGAAUGUACAAUACAUAAAUGAUAGGUUGAUAAUGGUUACAUUAAGCUAUAACACUUGCAACUUACAUAUGAUAAGUGCUUAUGCACCAGAUAUAAAUAAGCCUAUAGAAGAGAUCACUGAGUUCUACGACAAGCUACAAGAACUUAUGGAUACUAUACCAGAAAGUGAUAAACUCGUGAUUAUGGGAGAUUUCAAUGCAAGAAUAGGGGACGAAAUAUUGAAUGGUGUUAAAAAUCGAUUCAAUGAAAGCGUUAUAAAUGAAAACGGAGAAAAACUGAUCGAAUUCUGCUCUCAAAACCUGUUAAGGUUAAAUAAUACAUUUUUCCCACAUAAACCCCAACAUAAAUAUACAUGGUCGAACACGAGGGGACAUCAGUCGACAAUUGAUUACAUUAUAACGAACCGAUCAAUAUUGCCAUCACAAAUAUUAGAUGUUCGAACACUGACUUCGGCUAAUGUAGGGUCCGAUCAUGGCCUUGUAUUAUGUAAAAUCAGGGAAAACAUACCACGUUCUAAACAGAGAAAGCCAGAAUAUAUCGAGAAACUUAACGCAGAGUCUUUAAAUACCGACAGCACCAAACUACUUUAUGAAAACAGGUUGCGCGAUAAAAUCUUGAACAGCCCAAUAACAGAAGAAAGUAGCGUGGAGGAUGCGUGGGAAAAACUAUCUUCCAAUAUCAUAGCAGCUGCUAGAGAAGCACUGGGAACAAGAAAAGUAAAUAUUCAUGCAAAUAAUAUAAGAACACCUUGGUUUACAACAGAAAUUAAAAUAUUAUGUGCCGAAAAGCGCAAAGCUUAUUUGAAAUACAUGAGCUGUAAGUCUGCAGAAACAUACAGAGAGUAUAGGGUCGUAAGGAAUAGGACCAAUCAGAGGGUCAAGGAAAUAAAAGAAGAACACUGGGCUUCAUUCUCUGCUGAUAUGGAGCAUGACCUAUACGGAGCUCAAAAGAAAGUAUGGAGUAUGCUAAGAAAACAGAAGAAACCUAUUUCGGAACUGUUUCAGAUAACAAAUAUAACUGAGGAAGCAUGGAUUAGUCACUUCACACAGCUGUAUAAUUCCACAAGCAUGAACAACCCUGAAGUCCUCGUGAUGGAAAAUGCAGAAACUGACUUCACGAUUGAUGAAAGUGUGGUAGCACUCAACAUAAAAAAACUAAAAAAUCGGAAGGCUCCCGGUCUUGAUGAAAUCACAAAUGAGUUGCUAAAGUAUGGUGGGUCGGAACUAUCAUCGGAAAUCUCAAAACUCUUCAAUAUAAUAUUAAAGCACGAACUGGUUCCUAUUGGAUGGAAGAAUAGCAUCACUAUGCCCAUUUUUAAAAAAGGUGAUAAAGCUGAUCCACAAAAUUAUAGGGGUAUUUGUUUGCUAAGUGCUUUAGUUAAGCUUUUCACCAAAAUUUUAUCCCAAAAUAUCACAGAAACAGCGGGAAUAAGCGAAGAACAACAAGGUUUUCGUACAAAUAGAUCGACCGUCGAUGCUAUAUUUAUUUUGAGCCAAAUUCUUGAGAAAGCAAUCGAAUACAACCAUCCAGCUUUUAUGUGCUUUAUCGAUUUAGCAAAAGCAUUCGACAAAAUAAGGCUAAGUGAUGUGUGA